CGCAGUUGAUCUACGGGACCAACUUGGGGAGACGCUCCAAUUCCGGAUCAGUCUUUUAACUUGCCAUUAAAUUUCAUCUACUGAAAAUGAAUUAGUGGGGAGUUAUUCACAACAGGUGUUUGAAUAUUGUCAUAUAAUGAACGUCUGACCUAGGACUCAUUUUAAAAGAUUGUUAAGAUGCCGUCUGAUACUUCUAGUCUUUUCAAGGAACUAACACUCAAGGAUGCUGAGAAAGCCUUGGCAGCGGAUUUGGAUUUGCUUGUUAAUACUAUACCAAAUUCAUCUCCAAAAAAAGAAGCCUUCAUAAACCAAAUGAUAUCUUUCAAAGAGUUGUUUAAGCAAUAUUUACAUGACAAAACAGAAAAAUUCGAUUGGAAUAUGAUGGAACCUGUUCCAUCUGAAAGUAUUAAAAUGUACGAUGCCCUUCAAGUUCCUACCAACCGUGAAGUAAUCCGUCAACAGUUAAAUAAGUUAGUAGUAGUGAAACUAAAUGGUGGCUUGGGUACAACAAUGGGUUGUACUGGACCCAAAUCCUUAAUUUCUGUCCGAAGUAAUCUUACUUUUCUUGACUUGACUGUACAACAAAUCGAGAGACUAAAUAAUGAAUACGGAACUAGUAUUCCCUUGGUUUUGAUGAAUUCCUUCAAUACACAUAGUGAAACUGAAAAGGUUUUACGCAAAUACCAGCAAGUUAAUGUUCAAAUUUUGACGUUUUUGCAGAGCUGCUAUCCUCGUCUGAAUCGUGAGUCAUUACUUCCUAUUGCUAAAUGUGCUGGUCAGGAAAGUCAUGAUUCUGAAACAAAGACUUCUAAAGAUAUGAACUAUAAUCCUGAAGAAUGGUAUCCUCCUGGACAUGGUGAUUUCUAUCGUAGUUUUGUUGCUUGUGGAUUAGCAGAGAAAAUGAUAGCUAUUGGUAAACAAUGGGUUUUCUUGUCUAAUAUUGAUAAUCUUGGAGCAACUGUUGAUCUAAAUAUUUUAAAUUUUUUAAUGAAUAAAGAAUCUCAUUAUGAUAAACAAUCACCAGAGUUUGUUAUGGAAGUAACUGAUAAAACACGAGCUGAUGUUAAAGGUGGUACAUUAACCCAAUAUCGUGGACAUUUGAGACUUUUAGAAUUAGCUCAGGUCCCUGAAGAACAUGUGGAUGAUUUUGCUAGUGUACGAACAUUUAAAAUAUUUAAUACUAAUAAUCUUUGGAUUGAUUUAGAAGCUUUACAUCGUAGUGUUAAACAAAAAACUUUACAAAUGGAAAUUAUAGUCAAUCCUAAAACUUUAGAUUCUGGUACAAAUAUAUUACAAUUAGAAGAGGCUGCAGGAGCUGCUAUCAAGUCAUUUAAUGGUGCUUUUGGUGUUAAUGUUCCACGAAGUCGUUUCUUACCAGUUAAAACUACUUCAGAUUUAUUAUUAGUAAUGUCUAAUUUGUAUGUAUUAGAUGGUGGAAGUUUAUCAUUGUCUCCAUUAAGAAGUUUUCCAUCUGUGCCUUUAGUAAAACUUGGUAAUCAUUUUAAAAAAGUUAAAGAUUUCUUAAGUCGAUUUACAAGUAUACCAGAUCUAUUGGAAUUGGAUCAUUUAACUGUAUCAGGAGAUGUAUACUUUGGAAAAGGAGUAGUUUUAAAGGGUACAGUGAUUAUAGUUUCUAAUUUUGGUAAUCUUAUCAAUAUACCACCAGGUUCAAUAUUAGAAAAUAAAAUUGUUUCAGGAAAUCUACGCAUUUUAGAUCAUUAAAUUAUUUCACAAUUCAAGUCAAUUUAAAGUAUUACACUUUAUUAAUAGAACUUUAUAUUUGUGCUUUCAUUAUUAUCAUUAUUAUUUAGUAUAAUUCAUUUGAAUAUCAUUGCAAAUGUUCUUAUUUAUAACUUCAUUUCACUUUACCUUAAUAUACUUAUUGUAUCUUAUAUACCUAGACUGAUUUAGGUACACAUAAAUUAUACAUUUUGCCGUUUUCAUAUUAACUUAAUGAAGAAAGUGAUAAUCUUUUCUUUUUUUUUUCAUUUUGUUUUCAAAUUGUAUGUAGGAAACAUUACAAAUUUAAAUAUAAUAAUAAUAAUAAUAA